AUGGUCCGGAACAUUUUUUGGAGUGAACCAGAGAAUUGUCCGGUCGUCUACAUUGCUGGUGUUUGCGAGCGUCCUCGAACAACAAAGGCUAAAGCAACAUACGGAGUCUGUUGGGGAGAAAACGACUCGAGAAACACUUUCGGAAGAGUGAAAGGACCUCAAACUGAGCUUCGUGCUGAAUUAACAUCACUCAAAAUGGCACUCGAAACGGCAAUCAGACUCGACGCGUCGAAAGUGUUAAUCGCAUCAACAUCAACAAGAAUUUACACGGAACUCGAAGUUUUGGAAGCAAAAGAUUCAGACUAUACGUCCUCCCUGAACUCUGAUCUUCUAUCAGAACUUCAGAGGUUGUUGUCGAUGGCUUUUGAUUUGAAAUACUACUUGAUCAGUGUACCGGCUUUCCCAGAUAUUCGAGCAAACGGGUAUCGUUUAGCUCUUCAAUUGGCUACUCGUGGCGAGACACUCGGAUCUCCAAUACCGAUGGGUUUCGAUAUUCCUACAGUUGCCAUCUUGGGAGCAUGCAAACAAGAAGAACAGGGUAAUACAGUUGCAUCAUUUGCGGUUUAUUGGAAAGAAGACAACGGAGGAAAUACGUUCGGCUUAGUGGAAGGCAAACAAACAGAACUACGAGCCACCCUGCUUGCUUUGCGUGUUGCAUUAACGACAGCUAUCGAUAAAGGUCUUUUCGGAGUCAUGAUUAUAACUCGUUCACAAGAUGUUGCAAAAUUAUUAGCCACAAUAAGAAGUACAGAUCAACCGGAUUUUUGUGGAAAAUCGAAUUCAGAUAUUGUUGUCAAGUGCAGACAACUUUGCCUAAACAUAGAAAAGAUGACGGUGAAACAUUAUACGGCAAAGGAGGAAUCUUUUGUAUUGGAUAAAGCAGCAGAGAUUCUGAACGAAGGAGUAAAAAUGCUAGAGAAAUCACAAGAAUUGAAUGAGACCGCUGAUGGCACAGUUCCUCUCGUAGUGGAUUCAAAUGAAGUUGCAGAACCAGAUAACCGUGCUGAAUUAGUGAAUGCACCUAUAUCCACUAAAAAAGUUUACACUGUUGCUGUGAUUGGAAUGUGUGCUGAUGAUGGAAACACAAAAUCGAGUUAUGCUGUAUACUGGGGUCAUGAAGACAGCCGCAACAAGUUUGAACUCAUAGACGGAAAGUCUUCGGAAAUAGGUGCCGAGCUGCACGCAGCACAAGCCCAAGGUAUAUCCCGAGUUCACCUCAAAACGAGAUUCAAAAAGUUCCAAUGGUGGUUCGAGCAGAAUAAAGAUAAAAGCGACGGAGAAGGAGCUGUUCAAGAAUGCAGAGCUGUGAUGGCUGAAUGUCAAGCAGCAGUGAAAAAGUUGCGUAAAGUGACAAUUGGAUUUUUAAAUCCAGAGCUUCCUGAACGGAAGAGUGCCAUGUCUUAUGCUGAACUCGCAAAACUUCGCAUCGAGUCUGAAACAGAACUGAAUACUUCUACACUUGUGCCAUUACAACCACCAAUCAAUGAUGAACUCAUGGGAAAAUUCGUUUCAAAUGUAUUACCGCCGGUAGAAGAGAAGAUAUCGUUAGCUCAUAAGCGAGUAGAAGAACAUCGAUUGUUACAACAUUCCGAUAGCAAUGAAUAUGUUGAGGAAAAAUUAUCUGAUAUGAACACUUCUAUCGGUCAACAAGGACCAGCCGACCCCGAAUGUCGUUCAAAAAUUCCAACCGUUUAUAUUGGAGGAUCCUGCCGUGGAAGAGGACAUCAAAACGCAAUCGGCAUUUAUUCGGUUUUCUGGUCGCUAGGUGCAUCGGGGAGUAUACAGGGACCCGUGACUGGCAAUGUUAACAACAUACGGGCAAAAUUAAUGGCCGUUAAAGUUGCUAUAGAUCAGGCCCUAAAGUCUGAAUUUUUCUCUCUGAUCGUCAGAACGAAUGAUCACAUGGUUUUCGACACUUUGCAUCAUUUGAACUCCCCAAUAGGAAACAAGGAUCUCAUAGAAGAUAUUGAAAGUCUCACCACAAAAAUGAAGAAUGUAACAUUUGAAAUGUCGACUGGGGAUGAUAUAAAAUGCAACAUUCUCACUGAUAAAUUAGCUGAAGCAAUCAUAAAUAGUUUCGUAAUUUAA